UGCACCUUUAAUGCUAGUGUUGUGACAUUAUUUAACUGAUGGUUCCUGUCUUUACUAAUGGACUGACAUCAGCCGGCAGAGAUGCUAUUGAAAGAUCUUCCCAGAGAGGCCCUGUUGCGGCCAUUGUCCAGGAAUGAGGUGGUGGGCAUGUUGUUGAGAUUGACCAUCUUUGGUGCAGCGACCUACUACAGCAUCAAGUGGGUUGUAGACGCUAUGGACCCUACCGCCAAACAGAAAAGCCAAGCCAAGAAAAGGGCAGAACAGCUGAUGAAGAGGAUUGGCGUUGAGGGCGUCAAGCUAACCGAGUAUGAGAUGAACAUUGCCUCUCAUCUAGUUGAUCCGCAAACUAUGAAGGUGUCCUGGAGAGAUAUAGCAGGUCUGGAUGAGGUCAUCCAUGAACUUCAAGACACAGUCAUCCUGCCGUUUCAGAAAAGACACCUUUUAGCUGGAUCCAAACUCUUUCAGCCUCCUAAAGGUGUUUUAUUGUUUGGUCCUCCGGGAUGUGGGAAAACCAUGAUUGCCAAGGCAACUGCCAAAGCCUCAGGCUGCAAGUUUAUCAACCUUCAGGCCUCCACGCUGACAGACAUGUGGUACGGCGAAUCACAGAAGCUGACUGCUGCUGUCUUCUCAUUGGCUGCAAAAAUACAGCCCUGCAUCAUCUUCAUUGAUGAGAUUGAGUCCUUUCUGAGGAACCGCUCUAGCCUGGACCAUGAGGCCACAGCCAUGAUGAAGGCCCAGUUCAUGAGCCUGUGGGACGGCCUGGACACUUCUACAACAACCCAGGUGAUGGUGAUGGGAGCUACAAACAGGCCACAUGAUGUGGAUCCAGCCAUUCUGCGCAGGAUGCCCACCACUUUUCAUGUUGGCCUGCCAAAUAUAAGACAAAGACAGGACAUCCUGCGGUUGAUCUUAGCAGGAGAAAACCUGAGCAAUGCCAUAAAUCUGAGGGAGAUAGCUGACAAGACAGACGGGUACUCUGGCAGUGACCUCCGGGAGCUUUGCCGCGACGCUGCCAUGUACCGCGUCCGGGACUACGUCCGCAAGGAGCAGAUGAGGCAGAUUGCUCAGCAGCUACAGGACUGUGAGGAGGAGGAAAAGCCUGUGGAUGAGGAGCGGUUGCGGCCGGUCACCCAGCUGGACCUCCUCUUUGGCUUGGACAAGAUGAAGGAAUCGAAGCUGGUCACAGCGUCCAUGUCACCCAUUGUGGCAGAGGUACCACUGGACUAAACACCAAACGCACCACUACAGGAAACGUUUUCUUCUCACUUUUGUCUGCAGUGUUCCAACUUACCGAGCAGAGGCCCCUCCAACAUGUCAGAGGUGCAGUUGGAAAAGCCAGACAGCAGCCAUACUUUUCUUAAAGUUUAUUUAUCCAGCCAGGGUUUGUUCUGAGCAUGCUCACUUUCAGCACAGACCUGCCACGUGUACAGUUACAAUACAUUCUCCUAGCUUGAGAAGCAUUUUCCAUAAACAUUACGGAACUGUCUGAAAUUGCUGCUAAUAAUACUAAAAAUUACUCUCCUACACCACUGUAAGGUUUAAUGUUAUUACACAUGAUCGUGAGCAGAGUGAAUUGAGCAAAAUGACUCAUGAGGCUGGACUCCAGACCAUGAGGCUUGGCAUUGCCAGACUACUUCCCAUAUGCUUAGUAUUAUUGAACCUCUUCAUUCAUUUUUUUGCAUUUCCAAGAAAUCAGGUGUUGAGGGAAUGUAACAAAUCAGAGCAACAAACAGUGUGAGGUAGCGCUGAGUGAUGCAUGCAAGUUGGGGCGGAGCUUAAUCCAUUUUUGUUUCAAGAAAUGGUGGCAGCUUGGUUACACAUUUUCUCAAACUACAGCCAAACGGUACUUUAAAAUGUGUUCCUAAAACCAUUUCUGGCAAGAAAUAGGCAAUGUAGUGAAAUCAUUUUGAUUCAAAUUUCAUCAACGCUGCCUAGUUGGACAGUUUGAUCUGAAUUUGUGAGCUUGGUGUGGUUCAGUGAACGCCAGUCGUCAUAGCAAACCUACCCCCUAUGAGACAGGUUCUAAUUGGCCCAUCCAGGGCCGGGACAGCUGGAAAUCUGACUGUGGGAGAAAGACCAGACGCAUCAGCCAGAGCAAACAAAACAUGAGCUUAGCAGAUUCAUCUGCUUCCCAGGCUACCAGACCAGUAUAAUUCCUUUGAGGUUCGGUGCUUGAUUGAUCAGCUGUCUCCUAUCUUUCUCUUUUGGGCUAAAACAUGUUUGAAUAACAAAAAAGUACAUAUUAUCCAAACACAUUGGUUAGUCAUCGGCUGAUCCUGGUGCUCCCAAGUCACAUUAAACUAUAUUCUCUGCAGACGUUGUCAUGUGAUAGCAAGUAAGAACGUAAUGCAUCUCAGUAACAUCCCUUUUUCCAAAUAACAAGGUAUCGAAUGAGGGAAUUGCUUUUUCAUUUUCAGCAAUGCCAGAUUAUAAGAUUUAAUUAUUCAAAAACAACUUCUUCAGUGUGUUCACAUGAGAUUAGAGUGCGGUGUUUUACUGCAGGGUCGUGUGGCGGUGAGAGAAUGUGGCCAAUUUUUAACUUUAGUCCCCCCAGUUGUAGCACAAGUAGACUUUAUAUUUUACAGUUAUUGUUUCCCAUCAGUGUUUUUAUGAUUCCGACAUUUCCAACCGCACUUGAAGUCAGCUUCAUUCAUUUCACAGCAGCUUGAUAACAAAAGAUAAGGGACUGUGCUGGAGAUACAGGGAGGGAUAGUUACUGCACUCUCUCACUGAUUCUCUGGCUACAGGAUUGGUAGCAGAAAGCUUGAGUCUGUUUCAACUUUUCACGGCCCAAACGCACUACCCGUCUCAGAUAAUUGUGAUUACCUGUGUUUUUGCCGCACCACCAGAUCUAAUCUGAGCUCAACAAUAGAUUGUUUUUUCCUGAUAAAUCUACUGUACUGUUUGGACACCGAUGUCAUCAGGUUUUGAUUUCCAUAAUCAUUCACAAAGUUGAUCAACAACAUUGUUUAUUAUAUUUGUUUUGUGUAUUUAACCAGCAUGAGGUUGCAAAAGAAAACUGCAGUAAUGCAAGACUAAGCAUGUAAUGAGUUACUGCUCCUAGGGAGUACAAUUUUCUUUUCAGGUACAAUAACACAUAACAGUUAAAUGUAUGUUUUUAGUCAUGAAAUGACUUGUAUGAAUUGUAUGAAUUGUAGAUGCCAUCAAGUCACAAUAUGUAAACAAUAAUGAAGAGACACUUGGAACACCUGUUACGUUUUGAGACGUGAAGCUACAGAUUCAAAUUAAUAGUAUUCAUCACUUUUUGGUUCAUCAGGGCAGAAUUAUUAGAUAAAAUUAUAAUAAACAGUGUUAGCUUGAAUUUGUUUGUUAAUAUAUGUGGACAAAUGUAGAUAACAAAACAGUCAUCACUUAAAGACAGAAAUAUGAUCCACCGCUGUAAUGACCUGAGCGUGAGGCAGCAAUAAAUGACACAGCUAUAAGCCAUUAUACCAAUAUCAGUCAUUACUCUAAUGGGGUAGUAUUCUACCUACUGCAUCUGAUGUAUCACUGCUUGGUCCUCAGCUAUUAGCAGGUUGUUUUCAUAGGAAUUGUACUGUGUGCAUGUUUGUAAAUGUAGAAGUAAAAUGCUGUAUUAGAUUUAAGAUGAAGACUUGGAAGGCACCUGAAGUUACACAAUCCAAUAAAUGCUCUUCGGUGCUUUUAGUGCUGCUUUGAAACACAAA